AUGGUCAACAAGGGAGUAUGAGCGCAGAUACAGUUUUCUCUCUUCAAAACCAGUCCACCACCAUUGACUAUAGUGGGAAGGUUCCUGUGGAGCACCUGGAUUAUGGUUACAUUGAAAAAUGCAAAGAUGUAAAAUACCUGGAGCAGAUCUUGAGAGUACUGAGAUCUGGCGAUGAGGGCAUUUAUCCUCAUCUGAUUCAGUUCUGUGAGAGUCACUUGGAGAAACUGGACCCUAGGAGCCGAGUUCUCAGGAAGGAAACCCCUGUGGCCACAGCAGCCAGCCUGUCUAAUGAUGAGUGGAGCCAAAUUGUUGAUGAGUUGAAGACAUGGCAAGAAGAAACCAAAAAGACUGAGACUUCACUGAAACAGCAGUCAAUGUUUGAUGAUCUAGUGAAGGAAAAUAUGCCACCUAUAAGAGGUUCCAAUUGCUCCUUUCCACUUAGUCAGACUUCAGUUCCAAAGAGGAAUCCUUCAAAACAUGCUCUCCCACGUGAUUAUCGAGAAUGGGACAAGUUUGAUGUCGAAAAAGAAUGUGAAGAAAUCGACAGAAAUUCUGUCAAAAAUGAUCCAGCUGCCAUUAUAAACACAGGACACCCCAAAAUCAAGACUAAAGUGGAUGCAUCAUUGCUGACACAACAGCAAAAGCUCCUUCUGUCAACUCGUGAAAAGGACAAAGGCAAUGAAGCUUUCAGAGCAAAGGAUUAUGAGGAGGCAGUUGCAUACUAUUCCAGGAGCCUUUCCAUUAUACCAACGUUGGCUGCAUACAACAACAGAGCCCAGGCAGAGAUCAAUCUAAAGCACUGGCACAAUGCCAUGAGAGACUGUCUGAGGGUACUCGAGCUGGAACCAGGCAAUAUGAAAGCCCUGCUACGUCGUGCCAGAGUUUAUAUUCACAUGGGCAACUUCCAAAUGGCUGCUGAAGACCUGAGGGUGGUGCUUCGGGAAGAGCCGCAGAAUGCUGCAGCCACUCAACUUCUGUCUGAAACUGAGAAGAAGAUGAAGGAAUGUCAACCAGAGCCGCAAAGCAAAGGCAAAAAAAUCCUCAUCCAAGAAGUAGAAGAGGAAGAUGACAACAAUAACGAUGAGACAAAAGCAGAACAGCCUGCUUGUCCGGUUGAACCCAGCCAGCCUGUGGGAGGGGAGGAGAGCUCAGCCGCUCCUGCCGAAAGGGGAGACAUGGGUAACGCUCAAAAAAAGCCCCACAGCAGAGGGGACGGGGGUCCUCACAGUGAGUUCAACAACUCCCAUCAAGGACACUGGAGGAGCAAAGGAGGCAGCUCUGACAAGUACAAAGUCACGCAGGAGUCCAAGGAAAAGGUAGCCAAUGGAACUGGCAAGAGCGGCUCGACAGCUUCAGCGCCGGCUGAUCAGAGCAACAACGGCAAAGAAACUCCGGUUAGAGGAAAUGCAGGGGGAACUGUCAACCUUGAUGCCCCAUGUGGAGCCCUGCCCCCACCCCUGGCCCGGCUAAAGAAUGAGGGAAACCUGCUAUUUAAAAAUGGACAGUUUGCCGAUGCACUGGAGAAAUACUCACAAGCCAUUAAAGGAUUUACAGAUUCAGGGAUUGAUAGUCCAGAGGAUCUAUGUAUUCUGUAUUCUAACAGAGCAGCUUGCUACCUUAAAGAUGGCAACAGUCAAGAGUGCAUACAGGACUGCACAAGAGCCCUGGAGCUGCAGUCAUUCUCCCUCAAGCCCCUCCUGCGCCGGGCCAUGGCUUAUGAGUCCAUGGAGCGCUACCGUCAGGCCUACGUGGAUUACAAGACUGUCCUGCAGAUAGACACCAGCGUGCAGGCAGCACACGACAGCGUUAACAGGAUCACUCGGCUGCUGAUUGAGCAGGACGGCCCAGAGUGGAGAGAGAAACUUCCAGACAUUCCCCUGGUGCCUCUGUCAGCUCAGCAGCACCGCAGAGAGGAGCCACCCAGCGCAGAGGUCCUUAAGGCUCGAGCUGAGAAGGCAGCCAUAGAUGCAGAAAGGAAAGCAGAAGUCCUUUUUACAGCUUUGAAGCAAGAAGGGAAUGACUUUGUGAAGAAGGGCCAAUACUCGGAUGCACUGGGAAAGUACAGUGAAUGCCUUAAGCUAAAGCCAGAAGAGUGUGCUAUCUACACCAACAGAGCUCUGUGCUAUUUGAAGCUGGAUAGGUUUACUGAGGCCAAGCAGGACUGUGAUGCAGCACUGAAAGUGGAGCCAACCAAUAAGAAGGCCUUCUACAGAAGAGCCCUGGCUAAUAAAGGCCUCAAGGACUAUCUGGCGUGCAGCUCUGACCUGCAGGAGGUACUGCAGCAGGAUCCCAACGUGCAGGAGGCUGAGAAGGAGCUGGAGGAGGUCACGGUGCUGCUCAGACAGAGUCUGGCCAAUGCCAACGCUUCACCAGCCAAACCCAGAACGACUGUCCCCAUCACAGAGGUUGAGGGUGAUGAGGAAACAGCCGGCGUUCCUACCUCAGAGAGCAGUCCCAGAGGAGAGGACAUCAUCGCCAACCUCCAUCCGACCGACGCCUGCCAGUUUGGCCAGGCUCUGAACGCGGCUCGCUGCAGCAGAAACACGGCAGCCUGCGCUGACCUGCUGGCCUCCACAGCCCCGGAGAUGCUUCCCAAAUUCCUGAGUACCCAGCUGGAUGGACACAACAUCAGCUUCAUCAUACAGGCGCUGGACUACCACCUCCUGGAGAAAGACCCCAACCUGGUCUACCAACAUCUCAACAACCUGCACACCACCGACAGGUUCUCGGUUGUGUUGAUGCUGCUGGAAAAGAACGAGCGUCUCCACGUGACUCAGCUGUUUGAGCAUCUGUCUGCCGUGCAGAGCACAGAGUUCACCAAGAACGAUGUUCAGAAUCUGGCCAACAAAUACAUCUGACCCUCCUGGCCCUGCUCCCUGCUGCACCAUGACAACAACUCUUGGAUCUAUGCAAAGCACUGCACCAGAACUGAGUACACAAAGGCAGGAAGCUGCAGAAUGUGCCCCAGAGCAAAAUACCAUGGAACUGAGUCACAUUCACUCUACUGGUCUGUGCUGUAAAUGAUCUGAUCACUGUAUGUUUGAGUGACAGUAUAAGGAAUAUAUUUUUCUCUCCAAAACAUUUUGCUAUGCAGAUUUACUUUUGUACCACCACUAACCAUAUGCAUUGUACAACAGGCAGACAGUGGGAUACUAUGGGCAUUUAGUGUAUUGAUAAAUGGGGUCCAAUGUACAAUGUUGUGUAAGGCUGCAGGCGAGUUUGCUCAGGACAGGCUCAUGUUCCCAGAACUGAGCUCCGUUGUUCCGGUCCUUGAACCCUGUCUGUCUUAUGAUAUCAGUCAUCUAAUAAAUGAGCUUCCGUCAGACACCAGCCAAGUUUAGAAAUGAUAUUCAGUGCAUGCUGAAUAUUACCUAGCCAAGGAACAAGUGGGGACAUUUGUUACUGAGCUAAUUAAUAAGUGUGUUGCUGUGAGUCAAAACUAUAAGAUAAAGUAACAGUUUUUAUUAUGACCAUAUGUACUCUAUGAUCUCUGUGGGAGAUAUAGGCCUGCAUGAUAUCUUAUUGCUGUUCUAUGCAGUAUGAUACCAGUAUAUGUUGAACUGAUAUCUACUGACAAUGUUGUAGGAGAAAAAAUACAAUUUGUAACCUUACAUGACUCAGCAGAUGCUCUCUUUGGUUUAUUCAGCUAUGCAAUUAGCAGAUCUGGGUUUUAAUGUCAAAUCACUCUGAGAGGCUGGUGUUUGUGUCUUUUCCAUAAGGAAUGACACAAAGUCCUUCAACCUCUCGGUUUACCAAAUCAGCCUGACAGCCAGCGCACAUCUGCACAUUCAUCUUCAAGCAGUUCAGCCAUGCAGAUGUGUGUACACAAUGGAGAGAAGCAGCAUCCUACUGAGAUGUGUGCCUUAGAUGUCAGACUAGGGGUUGACUUACUUUUUGGUGAGUGUGCAGAUACUCCUAAAGAGAGAGUAUGUAUGUCACUCAGUAGCUUUUAUCAAUUUAUUUGGAUUCAUACAUCAUAAAUCAUACAUAUAUUGACUUAGCUAUAUAUGCACAUACUUGUUUAAAAUGUCAUUUAUUUACUAAU